AUGAAUGAAUAAAAAUUAAGAGAGAUGAUGAAAAUCUAUACUCUUUCAAAAUAAGUAAACAAAAAGGCUGAAUAGAAUUUUAUCAAAUUUUCUACUUAAUAUUAUAAAUUGCAUAAGAAUGACAUGACUCCAGAUUUAUUGGACGAGGUCAAUUCUCUAAGAACAUAGAUCAAGUCUGAUAGAGUUGCAUUUUCUAAUUAGAAUUCUCCUCUAGUAAGUCCUCGUCUUACUACCGAUCCUCUAUUUAAUUGUAAAAAAGGAUUUAAAUUUAUUAUAGUCAAAGAGGAGAAGCCAAAACUAAAUUCCAUAUAUUCAGACGACAAACAUUAACAAAUAUUCAAACUCUAUAUGGAAGAAAUCAGUGAUCUCAAAUCAUGUAACUCCUGUUGA